CUUCAACCAGAACUGAAAGUGAGUGAGAGAGAAGCAAAGCAAUGGAAAAACCGCUCUUCCCCGACCUCGAGCAGGGUCCAAACGAGCCCCUCCUCCUACCUCGCCGCCCAACCCUCCCACCAGCCGCCGUCCCAGCCUGCAUCAACAGAUAUCUCCGCGAUUACCAACGCGAAGGCGUUGCCUUCCUCCACUCUCUCUACGUACGCAACUUCGGCGGCAUCCUCUGCGACGACAUGGGUCUCGGAAAAACAGUGCAGGUCAUCGCCUUCCUCGCCGCCGUCCUCAACAAAAAGGGAACCCCAGACGACCAAACGGCGCGCAAACGUGCUCUCCGCACAGGAAACGAAGACCACCUCACCCAGAUCUUGAUCGUGUGCCCAGCCAGCGUCAUGUACAACUGGCAGCGCGAGCUGGAGACGUGGGGAUACUUUGCCGCGGAUAUCUUCCAUGGCGCCAAGAAGCAGGAAGUCCUCAAACGAGCACAGAGGGGUGGACUUGAGAUUGUUAUCACGAGUUUUGAUUCGUUUCGGAAUGCGAUUGAUGAGAUGGAUGCUGUGGAGUGGGAUAUUGUGGUGGUGGACGAGGCGCAUAAGUUGAAGGCGGAUAAGGCAAAGAUUACGAGGGCUAUGAAGGGGUUUCAGCCAGGGACUUGUAAACGUUAUGCGCUGACGGGCACUGCCAUUCAGAACGACUAUAGCGAGCUAUGGUGCUUGCUUGAUUAUUGCAAUCCAGGGUCUGUCGGUACGGGCCCAGAUUGGGAAAAAAACAUCUCAUCAGUGCUGAAACGCGGGCAAUCAUUCAAAGCAAAAGUGCGAGACCUCGCCAAAAUGCGUGAAACGAACGCACGGCUGAAGAUCCUCCUGGAACAAUGGAUGCUUAGGCGCACAAAAGCCCUAAUCGCACAUCAGCUGCCACGCAAAGAAGACCAAGUGAUCUUCUGUCCUUUGACUGACACGCAGCGGAUAGUGUAUCAACGCCUCCUCGCCAGCCCAGACUUUGAAUACUUGGCACGCAAGCACGAACCCUGCCCAUGCCUUUCAGGAAAGGCACGCGGCGACUGUUGCUACACUGAAAGCGCGUCAGGGCUACCAUGGCAGAAGAUCCUCUUCCCCUGCAUGAUAGCCCUCCAAAAACUCAGCAACCACCUCGCCCUCCUCAUGCCACACCCGGACGACCCCGACUCCAAACGGGCAAAAGCCCAAUCGCUCCUUCAAAUCGGCUUCCCGAACGACUGGCAAACCCGGACCCCCGGCUUCCGCGAAUACGCCGACGUCGAGAACUGCGGCAAAUGGAAAGUCCUCUCCCAGCUCCUCCCCACCUGGCAACGCGCCGGCGCAAAAGUCCUCCUCUUCUCCUCCUCCGUCCGCCUCCUCGACAUGCUCGAGAAGCUCAUGUUCACCGCCGGAUACGAUUACUCCCGCCUCGAUGGCCGCACCCCGCCCAACCAACGGCUGGACAUCGUGGACGAGUUCAACAACGAUCCGAUGAAGUUUAUCUUCUUGAUAAGUACGCGCGCGGGCGGCGUCGGGCUGAACCUGACGAGCGCGAACGUUGUGGUGGUGUUUGACCCGAACUGGAACCCGAGCCACGAUCUCCAGGCGCAGGAUCGCGCGUUCCGGAUCGGACAGCGGCGCGAUGUGAAGGUGUACCGGCUGAUUGCGGCGGGGUCGGUGGAGGAGUUGGUCUAUGGGCGGCAGAUCUACAAACAGCAGCAGGCCAACAUCGGAUACAAUGCGUCCACCGAGCGCCGCUAUUUCGAGGGCGUCCAGGGCGAUAAGGAGAAUAAAGGCGAGCUGUUUGGAAUCGAAAACAUCUUUGCGCUGCAUCGCGAGUCCGAUAUCAUCACGAAAUUGAUCGUCAAGCGCACCGAGACCGCUGAGAUACAGUACCAGGUUGCGGAUAUGAUUGGCGGCGGGGGUGGGGGCGGUGGUGGUGGUGGUGGGGGCGUGAAAGAGGAGUUGGAGGGAGAUGAGUUGCGGGAUUUGGGUGAUGAGGACGACGACGAAGCGCAGCUCGCAGCCCUCGCCACCCUCCACCACCAAGACGAGCACCCACCACGCGACCCACCCACAUCCAUGACCGCCGACUCGGAACGCGCGAUCCUCACCCACUGCGGCGUCUCCUACACGCACGUCAACACCGACAUCGUCGGGCCCUCCCGCAUCGAGGCCCGCAUCGGCAUCCAAGCCCGCGCCGCAGUCGAGAACGGCCUCAACACACAGGCAUUCGCGUUCGAGCCCGCCACGUGGGACGACGACGACGCGCCGGGAGGGUUGCCGUAUUUGCCCGUGGUGGGGCAGACCCCCGAAGACGUGCGCGAACAGCAGUUGGGGGAGAUGGCGGCUUUCUAUGGGUUUGAGAGUACCGAGAGGUUUUGUAGGAGCUAUGUGGAGGCGAGGAAGGAGGUCAGGGAGAGGUGGCUGGAGGGGUACUACGAGAUGUGUAGGGGGAGGUUGGGCGGGGAGAAGGGGAAGGAGAGGGGUGUGAGGUAGAGGUAGGAAAGUGUAGGUAGAGUUGGGAUGGAGCGGCGGGGGAUGUGUGGUAUGUUUGUAGAUAGGGUGUAGUUAGCAUAGGGUCCUUUUAUGGAUCUUGGUGUAUAUACUUGCUGUGUGAACGAGGGCAUAAACGAUGAGGAAUCAUGUGCAAAUCGUGGUUGUAUAAAAUGUACAAGUGAUAAUGCCCCAACACAACGCUGGCAACGAACAGAGAGUGCUUCCGUGGGAGCGAAAGGCGGCAGUCUCGCAUGAUCGAUGCGACACUUUUCCGUUACCGUAGCAGUUGCCGAAAUCCCCUCCACGUCGUCACCCGGCCCCUUCAGUAUUCCACCUUCCCCUUCCCCUCCCCCUUCCCC